ACUUUUGAGACUAGCAAACUAGCAAACUAGCAACGAAAAUGCAGCGCGAAAGCACGGUGUGAAAAAGUAAAUAACAAGCGGUUAAGCGAGCUGCUGAAUCAAAUAAAUGUUAAAUAAAUACAUAAAUAGAGGUCCGGUGAGGCAAGUUGAAUAAUUCCGGCCGUGCGGAAAACGGGAAAGUCGAAAAUUCAACGCUUUCAGUUAGCAUCUCGUUUCCCCCGAUUCGCUCGUGUCUGUGUAUGCGUGUGGGUGCGUGAGUGUAAGUGUGUUUUUUUUUCCCUCAUUUGGUGUGUGUGUGUGCCUUUUUUUUUUUUGUACACUGCGCUCUUUUUGUGGCCAGACGGGCGGAAAAGGAGAAAAACCGAAGAGAGAGCUGCAGGAAAUAAAAAAAGAAAAUGUGAAAAGUUAAGCAGUUAAUUAAGCAGCACCAGUACGAAGUGGAAACAUAGGAAAAGGAGCAGCAUCAUUGGCAACAACAACAACAACGGCGGCAGCUGCAGCCAUCAACAACAACAACUACAGUCAUGUGCGGGUUAACUGCAUCGCAGCGGGCUUAAAAAAGCUGCAGGCCUAAAUAAUCGACCAAAAACAGAAAAACAACGGCGAACAUCAAAUAAAUCAAGAAUCCACAACAACAACAGCAGCCGCAGUACAGUUUUGUAAACAAAGCGUGGCGACGAUUAAUAUCAAAUCGCGCGCUUCCUCUCAGUGAUGUAAAUUGUAAAUGUAAAACAAAACAAAACGAAGAGAAGAGAAAAUAAGUGCUGAAGAAAUGCUUAAGCAAAAUGUUGAUAAUAGCGGUGGCCAAAAAUUACCAUAAAACCAAAACUUCACUAACUUGAGAAAAUCGAUAAGGUAUAUAGAAAAGAAAUCGAUAAAAUACAACAUAAAAUUGUACCCUCUCUGCCGGGGUAUAUAAAUCAACCAAAAAAUAAAAAACGCAGAAGAAAGCCAGAUCGCAAUAGCUUUUGCUUUCUUCUCAGAUUUCCCGCGUGCGUCUGUGUGUGUGUGUGUGUGUGUUUUGUUUUCAUUAGAGCACACACACACGCUCCCGUUGUGUGGGAGUGUGUGUAAUUGCAAUGCUAAACGGUAAAUAAACGGAAAGAGCAAUAACAACAACAACAGCAACAACAACAACAAGAGGAGAAGGAGAAACGUGUUUUUGUUUUGUUUGUUUCAUAAAUGUUUGACAUUUUACACUGCAACAAAUAAUGUAUCCAUAAUUCAUAAACGCAAAUAAACGGUAAAGCAAAUUCAACAAAAGACUUAAAACUUGUGUUCAUAAUCUUAAACAAAAACAACAAAAAGUAUUCGACCCAUAAAAAUAUAUACGACAAAAUAUAUAUAUUAUACAAAAUCACAUAAAUAUAAAUAUUAACUGGUACACACGAAAAAAAUUAAAUAAAAUAAAAUGCAAAAACAACGACACAAAGGAUAACGAAAAGAAUACAAAAUACACACAAAAAAGAAACUACUUAAUUUAUAGAAAACAAAAUCACAAGUUACCAAAAUCAGACGUAAAGAUACAUAAAAAAUACAAUUUCAACAAUCUAACCAAAUCGCAUGAACAAAUAACGCAAUAUAUAUAUACAUUUAUAUAUAUUUAUAUAAACACAAGUAUAUAUAUGUCAAGUACAUAUAGACUUAAAUAUAGGAGUAAACCAACCCAAGUAACGAUUCAUUAUUCAGCGCGAAACCAACAAACAUCAGCCCCAUGUAUAGAUUAGAGGAUACGAAUAGCGGCGGCGUUAUGGAUAAGAAUAAACAGAAACUAUCCGCCUAUGGGUCCGGCGGGGGCAGCGUCGCCGUCGACGCAGCUCAGGGCAGCGGAAGUGGGGGCGGAAGACAGCGCCACGCCCCCCUCUAUGGACGCUUCGUCGUCGAGGAGGACCUGCCUGCCACACACCGGGAUGUUAUGCACCAUCACUCUAGUCCCUCGUCUUCGUCGGAGGUGCGCGCCAUGCAGGCCCGUAUUCCCACCCACUUUCGGGACCCCUCCUUGGGACCUUUGCGCAAGCUGAGUGUCGAACUGAUAAAAACCUACAAGCACAUCAACGAGGUUUACUAUGCGAAAAAGAAACGCCGUGCCCAGCAGACGCAAGGAGACGACGACUCCUCCAACAAAAAGGAGCGAAAGCUGUAUAACGAUGGCUAUGACGACGAUAAUCACGACUAUAUAAUCAAGAAUGGCGAAAAGUUUUUGGAUCGCUACGAGAUAGACUCGCUGAUCGGCAAAGGCAGUUUUGGCCAGGUGGUGAAGGCUUACGACCACGAGGAGCAGUGCCACGUGGCGAUCAAGAUAAUUAAAAAUAAGAAACCGUUCCUAAACCAGGCACAGAUCGAGGUUAAGCUACUCGAGAUGAUGAACCGGGCGGAUGCCGAAAACAAAUACUACAUCGUUAAGCUCAAGCGGCACUUUAUGUGGCGCAAUCACCUGUGCCUGGUGUUCGAGCUGCUCUCAUACAACUUGUACGAUCUGCUGCGGAACACCAACUUCCGGGGCGUUUCGCUGAACCUCACGCGCAAGUUCGCCCAGCAGCUGUGCACCGCACUGCUCUUCCUCAGCACCCCCGAACUGAACAUUAUUCACUGUGAUUUGAAGCCUGAGAACAUCCUGCUGUGUAACCCGAAGCGUUCGGCGAUCAAGAUCGUUGACUUUGGCAGCUCCUGCCAGCUGGGACAGCGGAUCUACCACUACAUCCAGUCGCGCUUUUACCGCUCGCCGGAGGUGCUCCUGGGCAUCCAAUAUGACCUGGCCAUCGACAUGUGGUCUCUGGGCUGCAUCCUAGUCGAGAUGCACACCGGCGAGCCGCUCUUCUCCGGCUGCAACGAGGUUGAUCAGAUGAACAAGAUCGUCGAGGUGCUGGGCAUGCCGCCGAAAUAUCUACUCGACCAGGCGCACAAGACCCGCAAAUUCUUUGAUAAGAUCGUGGCCGAUGGCUCCUAUGUGCUUAAGAAGAAUCAGAAUGGUAGAAAGUACAAGCCGCCGGGAUCCCGCAAGCUGCACGACAUCCUCGGUGUGGAAACAGGCGGUCCGGGUGGCAGGCGUCUCGAUGAACCGGGUCACUCUGUCUCGGAUUAUCUAAAGUUCAAGGAUCUGAUACUGCGCAUGCUCGACUUUGACCCCAAGACACGGGUCACGCCCUACUAUGCCCUGCAGCACAAUUUCUUUAAGCGCACGGCCGAUGAGGCGACCAACACGAGCGGCGCAGGCGCCACAGCGAACGCAGGAGCCGGUGGCUCCGGAUCCAGCGGAGCAGGAGGAUCCAGUGGCGGAGGCGGUGGUGGCCUGGGAACGAGCAGCAGCAGUAGCGGUGCGGUCUCCUCAUCCAACGCAGCGGCACCGACGGCGGCGACAGCAGCGGCCACGGCCGCCGGAUCAUCCGGCUCGGGGUCGGGUGUCGGCGGCGGAUCCUCCGCAGCGCAGCAACAGCAGGCGAUGCCACUGCCCUUGCCCCUGCCGCUGCCACUGCCGUUGCCACCACUCGCGGGUCCUGGCGGUGCUUCAGAUGCCCAGUGUCACGGCCUGCUAAUGCAUUCGGCGGCGAUGAACAACUUCUCCGCUCUGAGCCUGCAGCCCACCGCCCAUCCGCCGCCAUCGCUGGCCAACAGCCAUCACAGCAGCAACAGUCUGGGCAGCCUGAAUCACAUCAGUCCCGGCAGCAGCAGCAAAAGUACGCUUCACAACCGCCUCUACGGCGGCAACAUGGUGGGCACGGUGGGUCACCACAACAGCAGCAGCAGCAGCAGCAACCACAACAGCAUCAGCUAUCCGCACGCCAUGGAAUGUGAUCCGCCGCAGAUGCCACAGAUGCCGCCACCGCCGCCGAACGGCCAUGGGGGAAGGAUGCGGGUGCCGGCGAUCUUGCAGCUGCAGCCGAACAGCUAUGCGCCCAUGUCGGGGCCCUACUACGGCAACAUGUCAUCCUCGUCGGUGGCUGCGGCUGCGGCGGCUGCUGCUGCUGCGGCCUCGCACCUCAUGAUGACCGAUUCGAGUGUGAUCAGCGCCUCGGCGGCGGGCGGCGGUCAGGGCGGUGGCAAUCCCGGAACGAAUCCGGUGCCGCCAUCGGCUGCCGCCUUUCUCUUUCCAUCUCAGCCCGCCGGAACGCUUUAUGGAACGGCGCCCGCCUCGCUGAGCGAGCUGCCGCUGCCAUUGCCGCCACUGCCGCUGCCGCUGCCACUGCCCAUGUCAAUGCCCCUGCAACUGCCGCCCUCGUCGUCGUCGUCAUCCUCAUCGGCAUCCGGUGGAGGAGGAGGAGGAGGAUCUGGAGGAGUCGGCGUCGUUGGACAAAGACGGCACAUCAGCGGACCCGCCUCCCAGGUGGGCAUCUCUCAAAAUGCCGGCGGUGGCAGCAACUCGGCCACCGGUGCCAGCAGCAGCGAUGCCUCCUCGUCGUCGCCCAUGGUGGGCGUUUGUGUUCAACAGAAUCCUGUAGUUAUACAUUAG